AUGGUCGCCCCCACCACGACGCGUUACCUCCUAGGUCGCGUCUACACCAAGCUACCCUGCACAUGUUCGCAACGAUACGACCUCUACCGCUCCUAUUCGACCGCCAGUAAUAGCGCGAUCGACGAGGAUGCUCAUUCGCAACCACCAUCAUCAGAAGCAAUUCCUGGUCCGAGCACGUCACAAUCGUCGACGGCCAAGAGUGAUUGGAAGAGAAGACAGGUGAGAACCCAAGAAGGUCCUAUUCUUGAGCGUAGCGAAUGAGUGGCUGAUCCAUUUCCUAUGGCACACUUCUUAGGAAGGCUCGAAUUUCAUCGACACGCUCUCGAUCGCUUUGUUCUCUGGAAAGGGAGGCGCAGGAGGCGUUUCUUUCCAUCGGGAAAAGUUCAUGGUGAGGACAAGCAAUGCAAAUUAUAUACUCCACUUUCUCCUUCCGAAACUGACAUCCCCCCCCCCCACCCCCCUGAUAAAAGGCGCGAGGUCCCCCCUCCGGAGGUCCAGGAGGUCAAGGUGGAUCCGUCUACCUCGUGUCCACACCGACGGUCACGUCCCUCUCCCAUCUCCCCAUGACCCUCCGAGCAGGACGAGGUGGUUCAGGUGGUAGCAAAUGGUUAGCCGGUAAGAACGGCCAAGACGUCUUUCUUCGCGUACCGCUCGGCACCGUCGUGCGGGAAGUUCGACCCAGGGAGAACGAAUUGGAUUCGUUGAAAGAGGAACGCGACGAUUUGGAAAUGGCUUUUCAAGUCAACGAGGUGCGCUUACAAGAAGCGCAAAAGAGGACGUUGAGAUGGGACGAGUGGAAAAGGGGCAAAGACCGGGCGGAUAAGUUGGGGGAGGAUUGGCACGUCUUCCCGGAGGAAGAAGAGGUCGAGUUCGAUCCUUUCGUUAUGGCCGCUCAUGAGAGGGUCAGGAAGGACUUGUUCGUGCUUUACCCCAUGGCAGAUUUGGCGAGUCAUCCUUCGUUCCUGUUGGCCGAGAAUCAACUCUUGAGCAAGUUGCUUGCGAGAAAAGGGGGGGUCCCGGGCCGUAAAGUGAGACGAAGGAGGAAGAGGGGUAGUCCCGUCGAGGAGGCAGCACCCCCUUUGUACCUCGACCUCAAGACGGCAACACCGUUAUCGGAACCUAUUCUACUUUUGGCGGGUGGGGAACCUGGGUUGGGUAAUCCGAGCUUUCAGGCCGCGGAUGAUCGAUCGCCCAAGUAUGCGACGAGGGGUGGGGACGGCGAAAUGAUGAGGUUGGAAUUGGAGGUCAAGGCUGGGGGGGAGGUCGGACUGGUCGGAAUGCCGAAUGCGGGCAAGUCGUGAGUACAUUCUGCUCAUUCCACUCGGCAUGUAAGCGCAUACAACUGAUCCUCACCACCACCCCUACAUCACGACCAGAACCCUGCUCCGAGCUCUAACCUCGUCCACACCGCGCGUCGCCUCGUACGCCUUCACAACCCUCAACCCGCACCACGGCACCUGCGUUCUCUACUCUGACCAAACCUUUUCCGGACCCCGAGGAACGAUCUCCGAUACGAGUUCGUUACCCGAGGAAUUCUCCGCCGAUUCACCACGAAUCAUCAAACCGCGUCGUUCGACGCGAUCCGAAGACGACCCACCCCGACCCGAACGUAUCGAAGUGAUGCGCUUCACCAUCACCGACAAUCCAGGCUUGGUCGAACGUUCCGCGCAAAACGUUGGAUUAGGUCACGCCUUCCUUCGGCACUUGGAACGUUGUAGGGCUUUGGUUUACGUCGUCGAUCUUGCGGGGGAGGUGGAGCCGCUGAGUGCUUUGAAGGCUUUGAAGGUCGAGUUGGAGGAAUAUGAUCGGUUGAAAGGGACGGGGUUGGGAGGGAGCGUCAGAGGGGUCGUGGUCAAUAAGGCGGAUUUGUUUGGUGGGGAGGAAGGAACGACCGAGGGGGAAGUGGAUGAGGAUCAAGGCCUUGCGGGAGCGUCGGUGGAAGAAGGACAGAGGAAGUUAUCCGAGGUCAUCCAAUGGGUUCGGCAACUCGAGCACGAAAUGGGAGUGGACGAGGGGUCGAUCUGGGUCACCCCUGUUUCGGCGAAGAAGAGGGAGAACAUGAAAAGUCUGGUCAAAAAGUUGGCAGAGACGGUGGGGAAGGAGAGGGAGGUGGCGAGAUUGGAGGAGGAGAAGCAGGAGAAGGAAAGGGAGGAGGAGAGGGAGAGCCUGAUCAAGGGGAUCUAA